AUGGAAUUCAACUACGCUGCACAUAUUCUUGGGCAAGAAUACACACUUGUGUACUGGCUUCUUCUAGCCCUGCUUGUUCUUCACCGAGAUAUGCUAACCCUGAAAGGAGUCGAAGAAGAAGUGAAAGCUCUCUAUGACUCGAUACAGAAUAGCACUGGUAUCUUUACCUUUCAGGAUGUUAAAUCCAUACACGCCGAAGACAAAGGGAACUACAUCGUGAUGGUUGAGAAUACUCUCUCCGGCAUAUCUACAGGCUGUUACAAGAAAGUGAUUCCAUCUCGCACAGCGGAAAUCCCACACAAGGUCAAUAUGCCUGCUACUCUUCUCGCUGGCCGGCCCUCCAACAAUCUCGCACGAAGUUUCUCUUUGAGUCAUGCAAGUUACCAGGCUACAGGCUUUAGCCCGGAGUUGGUGGUAUCCGUGAACAAUAGAAAGAUAACGACAGAGCCACUGGCUGGCACUCGAUUAUGUGCCAGAAGCAAAAAAAAAGUCUCGAAACUACGAGAAGAGCUCCUUCACGACCCGAAAGAGAUCGUGGAGCAUGUGGUAUCAGUAAGACAGGCCAUUACCGAGCUCCAACGACUUUGCCCACGGGAUACAGUCAAGAUUGAAGAUUUUAUAUCAAUCCGAACGCAUGGGUCUGUCCAGCAUCUAGGAUCUCGUGUUACUGGAGUUCUAUCGCCGGAGAAAGAUAUAUGGGAUGCAUUUGAUGUCGUAUUUCCGUCACUUACCGCAUCUGGUACUCCAAAGCAUGCGACUCUCGAAGCCAUUCAGCGCCUGGAGGAUCAACCGAGAGAGCUGUACUCUGGCGCUGCCAUCAUGAUCGAAGAUUUAGAAUCAUUUGAAGCCGCGCUUGUCUUGCGGACUGUAUUUCAGGAUCGGGAUCGUGCUUGGACCCAAGCUGGGGCUGGUGUUAUCUCUCAGUCUAACCCCCAGCGUGAGUUGACGAAGACUUGUGAGAAGUUGGCGAGCAUUGCACCGUUUGUCAUUCCGGAUGUUCCUACCUAG